GCGUCCUCCCGGAGCCGGCUGUCGUGAGUGAACUGCACCCAGGGACCUGACAAGGGCACUGCUGAAGUGCGCAGUUAACUGGCAUCUGCUUGAUUUUGCUGUCAAAGCAAAAACCAGUAGUAAAAACAUAGAGCCAUGCCUUUCCUUGAUAUUCAGAAAAAGCUGGGCAUUAGCCUAGACCGUCACUUUAAUUUCCAAAGUGCUGAACAGCCCUACAAGAAUGCUGCUCGGUGCCACGCUUUUGAAAAAGAGUGGAUAGAGUGUGCACAUGCGAUCGGUGCUACCCGGGCAAAGAAAGAGUGCAAGAUAGAGUUUGAAGACUUUGAGGAAUGCCUUCUGCGGUUCAAAACGAUGAGGCGAAUGCGUGACAUCAAGAGACAGCGGGAAAAGCUAAUGAAAGAGGGGAAAUACACCCCUCCUCCUCACCAUUCAGGCAAGGAGGAGCCCAGGCCCUGAGCAGAGCAGCUGGAAGCCGCUUUUCAUGCUCUGUUUUCCACUGGAGAAAAUGUGUUUAAGGAAUGCUCCUUCAUCAAGUAUGUAAAAAUAAAGAAUUAGUCAAUCUUA